CGACCUUUUCUCUCUUGGGCACAGACUGGCGCUCCGGGCUCCACACAUCGAGCAGGCUCUUUUUAAUCCUGCUCUUACCUCCAAGUGUCCGGACCAAAACUGCUACAUUCCUGGGGACGAUCUUUAACCAAGCACAUCAACUUUACAUUCCAGGCGACAAGAAGACACUUUUGGACCACACUAAGCGUUUUAAUAGGCUAUCCUGGUUAUGUAACUUUUGUUGCACUAGAACUAUCCUUUCCCAUUCAAAGACUUGAUCUGACAUUGGCUGUUUUUGUAGCUUUUUCACUUUUACUCCAGUAAUUCCUAUUUCAGAACAAAUACGCGGAAAACACGACUCGGUAUCCGACAUUUUUGCACAGCCCUUUCUUUCUUUCCUCGUGUAGUCUUAUCAAAAGUAGCGCGUAACGAUGGCAGGUGUCAACUCCUUGGAUUCCGUGAAGAGAAAGAUCCAGAGUUUGCAACAGCAAGCGGACGACGCAGAGGAUCGGGCUCAAACCCUACAGAGAGAGCUGGACAGAGAGCGGGGCCUGCGAGAACAAGCAGAGGGUGAAGUUGCUGCUCUGAACCGAAGGAUCCAGCUUGUGGAAGAAGAGUUAGACCGAGCCCAAGAAAGACUUGCCACAGCACUGCAGAAACUGGAGGAGGCAGAGAAGGCUGCAGAUGAGAGCGAGAGGGGUAUGAAAGUUAUUGAAAACAGAGCAAUGAAAGAUGAGGAGAAGAUGGAGAUCCAGGAGAUGCAGCUGAAGGAGGCCAAACACAUUGCAGAGGAGGCGGACCGUAAAUACGAAGAGGUGGCUCGUAAGCUGGUGAUCCUAGAAGGAGAGCUGGAGAGAGCUGAGGAAAGGGCUGAGCUCUCAGAAUGUAAAGCUAGUGAUCUGGAGGAGGAGCUGAAAAAUGUGACCAACAAUCUCAAGUCUUUAGAAGCUCAGGCUGAAAAGUACUCAGAAAAAGAAGACAAAUACGAAGAAGAAAUUAAAGUCCUCACAGACAAAUUGAAGGAGGCUGAGACUCGUGCAGAGUUCGCCGAGAGAAGUGUGGCCAAAUUGGAAAAGUCUAUUGACGACCUUGAAGAGAAAUUAUCAAAUGCCAAAGAGGAAAACCUGAACAUGCACCAAGUCCUGGACCAGACUUUGCAGGAACUGAACAACCUAUAAACACCUUAAGAGGACGGUGAAGAUGACGAAUACGCCAAGGACCAUUCCAUCAGCGCAUGACGCCAUUCCACACUUUGAGCCGUAAAAUAUUUUCACCCCAUGUAAUAGGGGGAUUAACUUAAUUCUUAUUCUUUGAAGUUUUUUUUUUUUUCUAUGGCACAAUUUUACUUUUAUUUUUUUAAUGCUGAAGUUAUAAACCCCAUUUUUAUAUGUCUGGCUGUAAUUAUCAAUGUUAUCUCCAGGAAUGACUUUUGACAACUUUAUAAAGUAGAAAUAUUCUAAGCACUUAAGAUGGAUCAUCGUGACAUUUAGAUAAUUAAGAAAUUUAAAUCAUUUAAGAGUGAUAUUGCUAGUCCAGAGUGUUCCAACGGUGGAUUAUGUAGCAUAACGUCAAAUGGACUUAAGUGCCACCCAGUGGUGAUUUGAAGUAUUCACCAGUUGUGCUUUACCCGACUCUCAGUUCAAUAGUUCAGCAGUGUGAUGUUGCACAGACUAUGCACACUGUAAAUACAGUGCUUGAUGAAAAGACAUAUUUUUUAUCACAGAUAUGUGCAAAUCACAAUGUAGUGUUUGAUCUUAGCCAAUCAUUAAACUUUGCAUCAGUGGCAGUAGAGUGAGUAAAGCCCCUUCAUCACUGGACUAUCAAAGUAUGUCAACAGACACCGAUUGUAUAUAGUAGACUUGAGGUUAGCGAAAUGUCGUUGCAUUGAUUUUAAAAAAAAUGUAUAACUUGCAUUUGCCAUGGGAUCUCAAGACCAAAGAACACAGACAAAGUAGUCAUUGUUUAUUUCUGUUUAUUUCUGACUGAUUUUAUAGCGUACCACAACUGAAAGUGUCUAUUGAUUCUUAACAGGGACCAUUUAAGAAGUUCACUCUCCACCCCCUCUUGUCAAUAAAUGUUUUACAAAAUCA